AUGGCACCCCGGAUACAGAGCCGGAGUGUGUCCACUCUCCUCCCCUACCUCACCUCCUCUUCCACCUCCAAAUCCUCCUCAAUUCCUUCUCUAUGCUCUUCCUCACAAUCCUCGCGCCAAUUCUCGGUCAGCGCCGCUCAACAGACCAAGCUUCGCCGGCAAAUGUUCGAAUGGCUCGCUACCCAAGGAUCUGGUCUUAAGCACCACGUGCCCGGCGAGACCAACUAUCUCAAAUGGGCCGAUGGCACCCAGAAUAACCGACCGUUUCCGAAUAACCCGAACUUCGUGAGCGAGUCUAUUCUCAGCGAGGAAUUAAGGAAUGAGGUUUACGUGCGGGUGAUUGAGAAGAAGAAGAGUCCGCGUGCUGUUAGUGUCGAGCUUGGUAUCGACAUGAACCGCAUUGCGGCCGUGGUGCGAUUGGUAGAACUGGAGCGGAGGCAACGAGAAAAGGGCAAAUCCCUAGCCUUGCCAUACGCCCGUGCCGUGCACGAAAUGGUUCCCACCACCCCUCUCGCCCCGGCCGGCGAGCGCCAAACCUACCACGAGCCCAUCAACGACCUCCCCGUCCACCCAGCCACCGGUGCUCAGAUCUUCUACCCCGUGCCCGAAUCACGAUCCUUCACCCGUGUCGAUGCCGGCCGCGUCUUCUCCGGUGCCCCGGCCCUGGAGAAGGACGUCUCAGACAAGAUCACCCACCCCUCCGAUCUCGCCGAGAACCUCAUCCAAAGACCCGGCGCUAUUGAGUGGGUUGGCAAAGGCGAUAAUGCUCGCCAGGUCCUCCAGCCCGCGGAUGUGCGUAUCCCGCACCCGCAACUAGUCCAGCUGGCCCGCGACCGUGCCGCUCACCCUGAAGAGCGCCGUACUGUCGCCUACCGCCACGCGGAGCGUCUGGAGCGCCAGGAGAAAGCUGAGAAGCAGCGCCUGCAGCGCUCCCAGCAGCGUCGUGCGAUGAACGAGGAGACUGUUAAGCCCCAGGGCAGUCGCUUCAGCUUCCGUAUCAAGGAUGCUGUCGUCACCAAGGAGAGUGUGGGCAAGGAUGGUCGUGCUCCUUGGGCCCCUGGUCGCCGCUACGGUGUGCCGACUAAUGAUCGCAAGCGCGGAACAGUUAAGAUUCCCACCCGUGUGGAGAUCUAG